UUGAAAGGGCAGCUUUAGAAUUAGAAACCUUUUCCCCUUUUACUACCUUUGUUUGCUGUAAGGCAAGGAAAGAAUCCAUUUCUUGGAGGGAAGUUUCUUCCAAAUCUUAAAGUACCAUCUCAACCAUCUUUUACUAUAAAUUCAGAGUCUCUUCGCCCAAGUUUUCUUGCAUGAUACCUCUUCCAAAUCAAGCCAUUUUCCUUUGUCAUACCAUUUCGUUGUUUCCAAAGCUAAACCAUACCUUAAUAAGAACCAGUAGUUUCUUUUAGACUUGCAAAAAAAAACAAAAAAAUAUGGGUGUUAGUGGAACUUUGGAGUACCUUUCUGACAUGGUGAGCAGCGGCCAUAAACACAAGAAGAAGAAACAAAUGCAAACUGUGGAGCUCAAAGUCAGAAUGGACUGUGAAGGAUGCGAGCUUAAAGUCAAAAAAGCUUUGUCUUCAUUAAGUGGAGUUAAAACUGUGGAGAUAAACAGGAAACUGCAGAAGGCAACGGUGACAGGAUAUGUGGAACCAAACAAAGUGUUGAAAAAGGCUAAAUCAACAGGAAAGAAGGCGGAGAUAUGGCCAUAUGUACCAUAUAACCUGGUGGCUCAGCCGUAUGCCGUCCAAUCUUACGACAAGAAAGCACCUCCGGGCUAUGUCAGAAAGGUGGAGUACCCAACAACCGGGACAGUAACAAGAUAUGAUCAAGACCCUUACAUCUCCAUGUUCAGUGAUGAGAAUCCCAAUGCUUGCUCCAUUAUGUAAUGCAUAUAUAUUCAAUAUUAAUGUAGGAAGAUUAGAACUAGUACUAGAUGCCCUUUUGCAAUAUAUUGCAAUAUAGGCACUCUUUUUGUCAACCUUUUCAUAAAUAUAUUUUAUAUUUUUUCUCUUGUUUUUUGGCCUUUUAUAAGGCUGUUCCAUAUAGGGUUUCGUUAGACUUUGAUUACGCAAUGAAGUUAAUUGUCAAAUUUUAGUAGAAUUUGAUGUGAUGGAUGAGCUGUAUUCACUUGCAA